AUGACUGUUGAGUUUCAAGACCAGCUGGAAUACAAAUUAUUACAGAAACUUUAUCAAAUACAAAAAAAUUUUGCUCCUUUUGAACAUAUUAUUCUAUAUGAUAUUUUGAUUUAUAUUAAUUUUGUAAUUUUACAAAAUGAAGAUUAUACUCGAACUAUUGAAAUUCCAACAACUGGAAACAAAAAUAGUAGAAUUACUCCAUUAAUCUCUCCUUUCAAAAUUAAAAGCUUUAUAUUACAACUGUGUGAUAAAGAUCUUGCUUGUAAAAAAUCUUUUGAUAUUUUGAUCAGUGAUUUAUUAGUUGAUAAAAAUCUUUGUAAAAUAAAAUUUAAUACUAGAAAAGUUAAAGUUGAACUCAAAUCUGAAAUAACUAUUGAAUGUAGUGCAUGCGAUUUUAUAGAACAUGAAUUAAUUAUAUGUUUAGACUUUAAAAAAAUGCUUGUUUGUUUUAAAAAUAAACCAAGCAAUACUGAAUCAAGCUUUUUUGAUAAAGAAAAUUUCUUAUUUGUAAUAUUUUUAAACUAUAUGGAUUCUGCAUAUAGUUUUAAAAAAAGAACUGUUCAAAAUAAAAAAGAUGCAUAUUUAUUAGAUGAAAAACAUAAUUUUAACACAUUAAAUGUAGGAAUUUCUGGGUUUAUGACAGAUGGUUAUAUUGAAAUGUCAUGGAGUCCUCAUUUAAGAGGUGUAGAUUUUAACAAAAUAAUGAGUCAAAUAGGGAAUUGUUGUGAUAGUAAUAAUAAUAUUAAACCAAA